UACAGAAAAACAAUUCGAAAUUAUAAAAAAAAACAUACAGAAAAUCCCUAAGUCUAAUACAAGACUUGAAUAAUGUAAUUAUUAAAAAAAAAACAAAUGUAAAAGAAAAAAGAAAACGAUAUUAUAAUUAUAUUAAACUUCUUAUAUAAUUAUAUUAAAAUUUAAAACCCUCAAGUGUUUUUUAAACACAGACCACGCCAAAAAUCUAAAUUAAAAAAAAAAAAAAUAACAACAAAAACAAUAAACUUAUGAAAAUUUUAAAAAGAGUAAUUCUACAAUUCUCAAAUUUUAUUUCAAGUAUUUAAACAAAAACAAAAAACUUGCAUCUGAUCCCAAAGAUUUAUUUUUCCAAAACUGUGUUUUUUUAAUUUCAAAAAAAGUAAUAAUAAAAAUCAACUUAAAAAAAACUAAUUUAUAAUACCAAGCAAUAUUAUGAAAAAAACAAACCUAGAUUAGAACAAAAACAAACAAGUUCCAAUUUAAAAGUAAUUUUAAAAAGACUUAUAAGAAACCGCCGUAAACGCGUUAAGAAUUUCACGCAUUUCUCAACCGCCAUUUAAAAAUUUCAAUUUCGUCUCUACUUUUGUGGACAUUUCGUUUUGAAUAUUCUUAAUAAAAGUGUAAUUCAGUGCCUCUCAUUAUAAAUAAAAAAAAAUAAUAAUAAUUAAAAACGUAAACACAAAAAAAAGAAAGAAAACAAAAUUAAAAAUAAAUGAAUCAAUAAAAACAAACCCAGUGUAUUUGUGUGUGCAAUCAUCCAGACCCUACAAACAAAUCAAUCAAACAAUAAGCAGUUCUCAUUUAAACGUUAAACUUCUUCUUCAUCAACAACAACCGGUCUUUUUCAUCUUAUUCUUCUUCAUUUAUCAUCGUUUCCCUUUGGGUUUGUUAGCUGAUUUUCUGGUCAGUAUGAACACUCAGUCGAAAGGAUAUCGCACAGGGGAAGAAAUCUAUGAUAACUUACCCUGUGAUGGAUUUUUCAACAUGAAUGCCAUGCGUAAUUUGAAUAUUUCGAAUAAUUUUCCACCAAUUGGCACGUUUUCUUUGGAAGCUUUGGGUCCGCAAACUCCACAAUCUCAAACCCAGCAUCAUCACCAGCAACAGCAGCAGCAGCAACAACAACAACAGCAGCAGCAGCAACAACAUCAUCAUCAUCAACAGCAGGGACCACCACCGAUGAAUCAACAUCCACCCAUUGGUAUGUUUGAUGCUAACGAUGUACCGGAAGUUAUUCAAAAUCCGGCAACUAUCGGUGUUUUUCAAUCGAAUAGUGUUUUGACCAAUGGUAGUGGUAAUAAUUCCAACUCAAUUUUUGGUUCACAAUCGAACUCAUCUUCUUCGGCUGCCAACGAUCCAAAUCAGACAACUCGUGAGACUGGUAUAAUUGAAAAGCUAUUGCAUUCUUAUGGAUUUAUUCAAUGCUGCGAGCGUCAGGCUCGAUUGUUUUUCCAUUUUUCCCAAUUCAGUGGCAAUAUUGAUCAUUUAAAAAUCGGCGAUCCAGUCGAAUUUGAAAUGACUUAUGAUCGUCGUACUGGAAAGCCAAUUGCUAGUCAAGUUUCGAAAAUUGCGCCUGAAGUUGUUCUUUCUGAGGAGCGUGUUACUGGCACAGUUACUACUGAACUACGCGUUGACAGUUCCAAUAAUUUAUUGUCAUCAAGUGAAACAACUGGACGUAUUAGUUACGAGAAUCGUGGUGAAUGCUUUUUCUUGCCCUAUACCAAAGACGAUGUUGAGGGUAAUGUCAAUUUGAGAGCUGGCGAUAAAGUCAGCUUUCAAAUUGCAACCAACCAAAGAGGAAACUUGGGGGCUUGUCAUAUUCGUUUGGAAAAUCCGGCACAACCAGUUAAAUAUCGUGGCGUUGUUUGUUCGAUGAAAGAAUCAUUUGGCUUCAUUGAACGUGCUGAUGUUGUUAAGGAAAUUUUCUUUCACUUCUCCGAAGCGGAAGGCAACAUUGAAUUACGUCCUGGCGAUGAUGUCGAAUUCACUAUACAAACGCGUAGUGGACGUGAAUUCGCAUGCAACAUAACUCGUUUGCCACCUGGAUCGGUAAUAUUUGAAGAUGUGGAUACCACUAUUUACAAGGGACAAGUGUUGAAACCCUUGGAUCGUAAUAAUCCUGCUAGGCAAACUAAUGAUCCCUUACCGGGUCGUAUACGCUAUAGAGCGGCAGACUAUUCUGAAGUUGAAGUACCAUUUGGCGAUAAAGAUCAAAAGGGAGAUUUUACUUUGCGUCAUGGUGAUUGGGUUCAAUUUUUAUUGGCCACUGAUCGCCGUGAUCAGUUGCAACGUGCCACAUCGAUUUCUUUGCUUGAUGAAACUUUUAAAGUGUCAGGCGAAAAGCGUGAACAAGGUGUUAUAUCCUCUUUGAAAGAAGGUUUUGGUUUCAUACGAUGCGUUGAACGUAAUGUUCGUAUAUUUUUCCAUUACACCGAAAUUUUGGAUACGAGCCGUGAAAUUGCUCUAAAUGAUGAAGUUGAAUUUACUGUGGUUCAAGAACAAGGUGUCCCAUAUAAUACAUCACGUUUGCAUGGCAUACGCAUUAAGCAUUUGCCAACCGGCACUGUGCAAUUUGAAACUCUAAUGGCCAGCAAUAUUGAGGGUUACAUUACUCGUGAGGCUCCUAAGAGCCCAGUAAAAUCUCAAGAUCGUGUUGAAGGCGGUGUGAUUACCUACGAGCAUGGCGAACUUAAAAAGACUAUUAUGUAUUUCCUUAAAGACUGCGAAAAACCACCAAGAAUUGGAGAUCGUGUGCGUUUUGAUAUUUAUUUGGUAAAAAGAAAUAAAGAAUUGAUUGCUGUAAAUGUACAAAAUUUGCAUAAUUCAUUGCAACCGGGGUUGCAGUCAUUGCAUCAGGCGCAACUACCAACACAACAACAGCAGCAGCAGCCACAACUUCUUCAGCAACAACCAUUACAACAAUUGGCAACUAAUACAACGAAUCCACAACAACCAUUAACAACAACAGCAACAUCACAACAUCAUCUUCAUAUUCACAAUCAAAAUAACGAUCCUGCAAUUAUUCACACUAAUGGCAUCAUCAGUGCUGUAGGUGGAGUGGGCGUAGGUGUUGGUGGUGUAGGCGGCAUGAUAAUGCCUCAGAAUGGCUACUUAACCAUGGGUAAUAAUCAACUGAUGACUCCAACAACACCAAAGAUAGAAGAUUUUAAUAAAUUGGAAAAUAACAAUUUAUUGUCUGGCGCCGAAACUGGUCAAGUUCUAUAUCGCGGCUAUAUAGCCGUAAUCAAGGAGAAUUUUGGUUUCAUUGAAACCUUAUCACACGAUGAGGAAGUCUUCUUCCAUUUCAGCAACUAUGUCGGCAACCCCAACUGGUUGGAACUGGGCCAAGAGGUCGAAUACACUUUGUCGCCGAAUGGCAAUACAUCAGUGUCGGGCAAUUGCUUGCCAGCCGAGAAUGUACGCACUCUACCAAAGGGCUCUAUACCACAGCCGGCUGUGUUAGAGGGAGUCCACAAUGGGGUCGUAGCUCGGCCAUUGCGCUGCAUUAAUCCCGAUCAGCAAGAAUAUGCUGGUCUCAUCGAAGUCUUAGAUGAGACUCGCAGCCAAGUGUUGUCACAGCAUGAUUUCGGAAUCACUAGUUUGGUUAACAAACGCGAUUUGUUGCAAAAGGGUGACUUGGUCAGUUUUAAAAUCGAUGAAGCUGGUCGUGCAGCCGACAUCACAGCCGUUCGUCAAAAGAAACGCGCCACUGUUGAUUCCAUCAAAGGUCAAUUUGGUUUUCUCAACUAUGAAAUUGAAGAUGGCAAAAAACUCUUCUUCCACAUGUCCGAAGUUCAAGGUAACGCCGUCUCUUUACAUCCCGGUGAUACUGUCGAGUUUUCGGUUGUAACAAAUCAGCGUAAUGGCAAAUCUUCGGCUUGCAAUGUUUUAAAAAUAAAUGAUCGUCCUGACCGUUUGAUCUCUCGUCUUAAAUUAACUGAUGACACAUUACCACGUUUGAUUGUUAUUAGAGCUCCAAAGGGUCCACAGGGAAAAGGUUUCUCGCCUCAGGCAAGAUUACAAAAAAUGCCAGGAAUUUUGGUAGAGUAAAUGUCAGCCAAUAACAAACGAAUGGUAAAGAAUGGAGGGAUUAAUUAAAUGACUGAAGACAAGUUGCCACAAUGAAUGAAUGAAUGAAACACAUGGAGCUAUCAUUGUAAGAAGUUAAACAACAUCAACAACAACACACACUGCUAUAAUCUGAUAAAUAAAUAAAAACACUGCUAAACAUAAUACAAGUAUAAACAAAAAUAAAAUAAAUCUAUUUAUAUCCUAUUCAACAGUUAUUUAUGCAAUUAAAAACAAGAGAGAAAAAAAAUAUUAAAAAAAAAAUAAUAAUAAAGAUGAAGAUAAAGAUAAAUAAAUCUGUAGAAGAAACUCAUACUCGUACACAUCCACACAAAAAAAACACAUACACACACAUGUCUUACAUUAACUUUCCAUAUGAAGUAAAAAUAAUAUGAAGAAAAACAAAUUAUUGAACAGAAUUGAGUAUUUAUUAUUAAUAUGCAUAAGAAAAAUUACAAUAAAUAAAUAAAUAAAACAAAAAUUAUUAUAUACAUUAAAUAAAAAAUAAAAAAACAAACAAACAAAUAAAGAAAAAAAAUACAAUUUAAAAACGUAACGAAACAUUAUCUAUAUUCUAAACGAUACAAAUAUAAACAAGAAGAAAAAAAAAAUAAAGAACAUAACUUAUGAACAUCGAUAUGAUACCAUACGAUACAAUUUUUAUGAUAUAUAGAUGAUAAAAUAUAUUAACUCUUUUCGUUUUAAUUUAAUUUACUUUUCUUUAUUUUUGCUUUAAAAAAAAACUACACAAAACAACUAUACAUACUAUUAACUCAAUGAUAUACAUACAACAAACAACAACAAUACAAUACAUAAUUAUUAAAAUUAUAAUAUAAAAAAGAGAACAGUGAAGAUUGAUGAUGAGGACGAGAGAUUGACUUGACUGCACUCAUUACCAUCAUCCUAAAUUAGAUGUUAUAUAAAAGAAAAUCUUAAAAUUAUGAAAUCUUUUUAAAAUACUAAAACAAAACAAACAACUACUCUCUACCAGCAAACUAAAGAAAUUAAAAUAAAAUUAAAUAAAAUGGCAGCAUUAAAAACAAAUGAAACUUAUAAAAAUACAAAAAACCAUUUAGUAAUACAUACACAUACAUACAAACAUAAUAAAUAAAUCAUAUAAAAACAAGAAACAUAAAAUAGAAGAGUUAUUAUUAACUUAUUUAUAAUUUUAACUACUUAUUGCAAUAAAAACAACUACAGCAAAUAAAAGACAAUUUUCUCAUAUAAUCUAAUAAAAGAACAAAAAAAAAAGAAAGAAGAAAAACAAAAAAACUGAUAAAAAUGCAACCGUAAAGAAAGGAACAAAAUAAUACAAAUACAAAUAAUGGCAGAAACAAACAAACUACUUAAAAUUUAUAAAAUAAAGAAAAUAAUAAUAAAACACCAA